AAACAGCAACAUUGCAUUUCCAACACAACAUUUUCCGUUGCAGUGCAAGACCGUCUUUACCCGAUGAGACCCUGUGAGGGGCCUUGGGUCCGUCGCGGACGACCUGGGGCGGUCCUCCUCCUCCUCAGUGUGUUCUUUGUGUGUGUGAUGGUGGAGUGGUGCUGGGAGGCGAGGACGCCGCUUCUGGCUAGUGAAGGCUCGAUGGCAGAUGAAGACCUUCUCCUAGCUGGGGAUCCUAACCUCUUGUUAGACCUCGAUCAUCAGCUGCUAUCAGACCUCGACCCGGACCAACUAUCACAUGUUAAUCCGCAUUUACUACCAGGUGUAGAUCCAGAUCUUCUGAUAGAAGACUACUCAGAUGUGGUUGGUGGCUUUAAAGACGAAUUCUUCGCCCGGGAGUUGGACGCCUUCAGGGCGGCUUCUGAUGGGUCUUACCCAGUGCCGUCUCAAAGGUUCAGAUCUGGCACCACUCCCAAGGCUUUUGUUUACAUUGAGCGACAAUUCGUCCAUAACGGGUGGCUUAAGUACCACAUGUUGGACGUGGAGCAGAACCUGUGUCCCCUGCCCUGCAAGGUCACUACUGACCUUAGUGAG